AUGAGUCCGCAUUACCAAGGCACGGUUAUGCACAGCUUGUUCUCUGCUCGCGACCCAGAGUACCACAGAAACCUCAAGAGGCCUGUCGGACAAAUGUUCUCAAUGGCAAACAUGCGCAAAUACGAAGCUUACGCAGAUGAAUGUUCUGCCAUCUUCAUCAAACGCAUGCGUGAGCUGGAGGGUCAGCAAGUGGAUCUCUCGACCUGGCUUCAGUGGUACGCCUUUGAUGUGAUUGCGUGCAUCACGUUCCAGCGUCGCUUUGGAUUCAUGGAAGAAGGCCGAGAUGUCAACCAUAUGAUAGAAAGUCUCGACGGGAUAUUCCAGUACGUCAAGAUCGUGGGCCAAUAUCCCGGUCUCCAUCCGUACUUGAUGGGGAGUGAGACCUUUGCUCGCAUCGUGAUGAAGAUUUUCCCAAACUUUCCAGAUCCUGUCCGUUCCUUUUUGCAGAUAACGGAAGACGAGAUCGUCAGGUAUGACACAGAUGAAAAGAAGCAGGCAGGAAGGACCGACUUCCUCGCACAGCUCAGAGAGAAGGAAGCUGAGGGCGGACAAAUGACUCAUAGAGACAUGAUGAAUCACUUGUCUAACAACCUUCUCGCUGGCUCUGACACGACAGCAAUCUCACUUCGUGCCUGCUUCUACUACCUCAUCAAGAAUCCAAAGACAUACCAGAAUCUCGUAGCAGAGAUCGAUAACGCCGACAAGAGAGGUCAGCUAUCGACGUAUGUCACGUACGAAGAGUGUCUGAGACUUCCGUAUCUUCAAGCGGUGAUGAAAGAAGCCCUGCGAAUGCAUCCUGGCGUCGGCUUCCCUCUGGAGCGAUAUGUCCCGCACGAAGGCGCCACAAUCUGUGACAUCGACAUACCGGCCGGCACGAUCGUCAGCAUGAGUGCCAACGUGAUCCAUAUGGACAAGGAAGUAUUCGGCGAAGACGCGGAUCAAUUCAGACCAGAGAGGUGGUUGGACGUUUCAUCCGAGCAGCUGAAACUCAUGGACCGCAGCUUUCUCGCGUUUGGCCAUGGAACACGGACAUGCAUUGGCAAGAAUAUCUCCAUCUUGGAGAUGGGCAAAUUCAUCCCCCAAAUCCUCAGGCACUUUGACCUCGAGUGGGCGUCGACAGAGCCGGAGUGGAAGACCGAAGCUGCAUGGUUCUGGAAGCAGUGGGGUAUGAUAGUGAGAUUCAGAUGGCGAGGCAAAGAUUGA